AUAACCUCAGACUAGAGGUUUUCCGACCACGCUGACAUUGUUUGGAAUUUAUAAUAUGAACUGAAUUUUAUGUUUAUUUGAUUUUACCAUAAAAAGCCCUGGAAAAUUAUGGCCAAACUCCUGGCUCCUUACUCCCUCUGCCCUCUCAUCGAGCAGAGGAGAUUCAUAGGUGUCAACGAAGACUCGUGCAGCGGCUGUGUCAUAGUCACUCUUGGAAAAAACAUCAUUAUACGUUACAGGCUCUCGGAUCAAAAGCAGGUCAGCUGUUGGAGUAGCAAGUCGAAGCUGUCAGCGCCAGUCAUAUACGACCACUUUUCGAAGAAAUACAUCGGUGUGUUCAACUAUGAUCAAAUCGCAUUCUGGAACCACAACCUGGCAGAAUUAAACAAAAUACGCAAGUUCCGAUUCAAGUGGUUAAUACACAGCUUGCUGAGUAACCAGUCCUGCCCGCCGAUAAUAGUAUUUUGCAAUGGUCAUGUCGGCAUUUUGGAAAACGAGUUCAAACUGAGGAAAAACAACGAAAGAGUCGAAGCAACUUGUUUCAAACAGGAGGAGAAGGUCAAAACAGCCAAGUUGGUCUCGUUAAACGGCGAAUACUACAUCUGCAUACAGUCUUUAACCUCACAGAAGAGUGAAAAAAAACUAUAUUUUGUGCCGAUUGAACCAGACAAAGGGACAAGGUUUUCUGUUGAUUUGGAUAAGGAUGACAAGUCAGCGUUAACGUUUGCAAUUAUCGAAGGGAAAUAUCCACAACUCCUGACUUUAUGGUCGGACGGUACACUCAAGUCUGAAGAGCUUCCUCUUAAAAAUGAACAAGGUCGAGUUGUCGCUAACGUCAGUUGUAUAAAUACAAACCAUCCUGCUGCGAUUCUGCCUAUAGACGACCACCACAUCGUUCUGUACGGCGCUGCACCAAAUUCUGAAGGUGCCCAUUUGGUCAUUUUAAGCCUCAAAUUCGGUCUCCCAGAAGCGAUCCAGAAAAUGAAGGUGUACAACAUGGAAUGUCGAAUGUGGUUGUGCAGAGAUGACAUCCUAGUCAUAUGCGGGAGCCACCUUGUCGUAACGUCUUUCCGUCUCGGUACGACUCGUUUAGUUUCGCUUUUAGGAGUCGCACGGGACUCGGCUGAAAAGGACAAGAAUACAGAUGAAAAGGAAAAAAUGGAAAUAGGUGAAGAAUCAACGACAGAUAUUGUAAAAUCGUUAAAACAGGAAGGAAAAGCAGAACACUUCAUUUGCAAUCAAAUAGUACCGAUUUUACUCAAAAGGAAGGACAAAGAGGGUAUGUUCGAAUUGGUCAAUUGUAUCGUUGACGUACCUGAUCAGUGGAUCGUUGAGAUGAUCCUGUUUUCAAUCGAAGCUCAACAUUUGGAUUUAAUGGAACGGCUUUUAUCAAUCCCAUUGGUCGGAAACGAAUUGAGCCUCGGUUUGGUUAGGCAGCAUAUCAAGCUCGAGACAGUGCUCGUACUGCUCAAUUUCAUAUCAGGCAAGCUGUCAGACGGCUCGGGCAACAAGGGCCUAGUCAACUGGGCAUCUCUACUCCUCGACUCGCACUACCAACAGUACAUAUUGUCCAAGGACAAUAACGUGAUAAACGCCGUUAAGUCUAUUAAACACUCCGUGGACGAUUACAUUACAUGCCUGGACGUCAUGAGUGACAUUAACGCCGAGAUCAACUUCUUUAAGAAAGGACACUGUGCGAGCACACCUGUGUCUGUUGUAUCCCAUGGAUAUGUAUAUGAAAAAGUCAGAUUGUACUAAUUGUUUUAAUUUACAAAUAAACUGUAUAUAUAACUUUA